UCUGUAUCGAGCUAAACAAAACAAACACGGGUAAGCCGACAGAGCAACCGUUAUUAUAUAUCAUUUGUUAAGGCAUGCUUUUGAAUGAAAUGAACGUCAUUACAUUUGAAUGUACAUCGAUAACUUAAUGUAUAAUAAUAACUUUAUGUUUAUGUCUUCAAUAAACAAUUAUUACAACCUCAGCUAGUGGAAGUUAAGUUAGCUGAAUUGGUAACGUUAUUUUUUAAACAUAAUUAAAUAAUGGAGUUGGAACAGGCAACAGAAGACUGUGCUCAAACCCAGCCAACACCCACACCUACCGCUCAGUCAAAGAAGCCCAGUCAGGGUCUGUAUGUGCCCAAGCAACGACUUCAAGGCUCCAAAGAGAAAGCUCAGACUCAGGGAGAAGUAAAACCAAGACCCCGGCCUCGCUACACAGACAAGGCAAAGAAAAACGCCAAGAACAAGAAGGACAAGGCUGGAGCAGCGGCCAAGGAAGCGACUGUUGGAGGAGAAGAUGGAGGUAAGACAGAGAAUGGGGACCCUGAUGUGAAGGAAGAGCAGUUACAGGAUACAGAUGUGCCGGUUAAUGGUCAGCCUGACUCCACCAAUGUGGGGGCAGAUGUUACCUCAUGGCUGGAAGAAACAUCCCCCCAGGAAGGGGAAGGGGAAGAGGAGAGUUGGGACACCUUGUUCAAUGAUGAUGGAGAUUGUCUGGAACCACACCUACUUAAGGAGCUCUCUUUGAAGGAAGGUAGAAAAAAGAAGUCAAUCCAGGACCCCAGGUUUGAUUACUACAACAUGGAUCGAGAUGACGAGGACGACAUCGACCUCACAGAGGACGAACUUGCUCACAUUGUAGAGAUCUACGACUUCCCUGCGGAGUUUAAGACGGAGGACCUUCUCAAGUUAUUUCAGUGCUACCAAGAGAGAGGCUUUGACAUCAAGUGGAUUGAUGACUCACAUGCCCUGGGCCUCUUCUCAAGCCCCAUAGCAGCUCGUGAAGCUUUAAGAUCCAGACAUCCACUGAUGAAGUUGCGACCUCUUUCCAAAUCCUCCUCUGCCAUAAAGGCCCAAGCUCGUAGCUGCUCAGACUACCUCCUGCCUGCUAAAGAGAGACCUCAGACGAGUGCAGCACUGGCUCGAAAGCUUGUGAUCGGUGCCCUCGGUAUAAAGAGCAACCAGACGAAGGAUCAGCGUGAGUCAGAGAGGAAGAAGCUGCAGGAGGCGAGAGAACAAAAGCACCUGGCAGCCAAACAGAAGGAAGAUGCCUGGGAGGGAAAGUGACUGAACAGAAAACUACUGUUUUAUUUCAGUUUUCUUUUUAGAUGCUUUGGUUCAGCAGAGGCUAAAGUCUUCUCUGUCUCUUCCGCUGUUCUGUUUUUGUCAACUGACCGCUCCUUCCUACCACCGCACUUCCCAGAAAUGUAGUCCCACCACUUUUUCCUUCUCUCCGCCACUGUCCUUUACCAAUUGUUACCGACGGUCUCAUCAUCCACUGUCCGUUUGCCUGUCGUGUUACAUCAGAUGAGAGGGUCCUACUAUUGUUCUCCCACCUUUUUAUGUUUAUAGUCUGUCCAUGCAGGGACUGUUGCCUCUGUGCCAUGGCCCGGGCUAACACAACCGACUCACCAGGGUUUUCUUUUUAUAUUUCGUAAGAUUGUAACCACCGUCUGUCGUGAAGCACCCAGUCUAACCAUUUGUCUUACCCAAUUGACUAGAUCUAAGGUCUCGUGUUUGUCUUUAUAUGGUUUUUUGUUUUUUGUUUUUAAAGAUGACCUAAGUAAAUCCACCUGUAAAUGUGAGGGAAGCAAAGUUUUCUGUUGAAGGUCCCGUACUAUUAAAUUCAAUCAUGAUGAUCACUAUACUAUAUAUGAAGACAUUGUUGAGGACCUGUUAGCUUGUCUUAUUAAACAUUUCUGAGAAGUGAAAAGCCUCCAAAUAAGUUUCAUGGCUGUUCUGUCUGUUGUAUCCUAGGCGUAUGUAUUUUAUUUUGUGUACUCUACACUGUACUGUCUGUACACAUUUUCAACGAGAGGAGUCUUGUCCAAGAAAAACUGAUACAGUUCAUUCUGGUCAUACAUUCUGAAGAACACAUUUCAAUCAAAUAAGUUUUUAGUUGACAGACAGACUUUGUCUUUAUCUUGCUAGCCAGUUAAAAAGAGGAAAAAGUAUGUUUGGGUUUGUUUUCGGGAAAAAAAAAUUUGUGAACACUGAGACUUUAGACUAGAGGAACCCUACCUCAUCCAUGUGUAAUGUGUCCGUCCAAUAGUUGAGGCAAAAAUCUUUGGAGGCCAAAAAAAAUGGUCCUUUAGAAUAAUUUACAUUUUUAACACACCUGGUAUAUUUGAAAGCUAUAUCCUAAACAAUAAGUAGUAUUAGCUCUUAACAUGGCUGCACACUCACAGAACUCGGCUCAGCAUACUGUUGAGUAGAUAUAGAUUUUUAGCUGUAUACAUUUUAAUUCACCAAGCUAGGCAUUUUACUAGAGACAGACAAUGUUUCCCAAUUCAUAGUCAUGUUUAAUAAUGAAGCUUCCUGAAACACACACAUCCAGGCUCAGGAGACUUUUGUGACCGCUGGAGGCAGCUGCCUCCUCUGAGGCUUCACCCAGCGUGACACUGUGUCUCCUUCACCUCCUCAGACAAAGAGCUGCACAUUUGUUAUUUGUUCUUAUGCAAAUUAUAACUUCAAAAUAAAAUGUGCUGCUAACUUGUGGCCUCACUAUCUGCUAGUUGUUAGUGGAUGAUAUGUUAACAGUAAUACGAUAGAUGGUGUCAUCCAUGUUAAAACACGUUGCCUGCAGACAUCAAUUUAUUAAAAUAAUUGUGAAAUUCAACUCUACCAAUACUAUAUAUCUAUACAUCAGUGCAGUUCGUUACUGCUCUAAGGAACCCAGUUUGUGUAACAGUUUGGCUCAUUGGCUAAUUGGCACGACUGAGACACAGUGCCACGUGGCUCAUAGUGGGCUAAUUAAAGUGCUGCAGCCUCAGAGGAGGCACCAUUACUUGUUCAGUUUUUGUGUUCAUUUCUUUUAAAUCAGUAAGUCACAAUGAGCAUGACAUAAAUAUUCACACUAUUCAAAUACAGUCUCUGCAGGUAUUAAUCUUUUUCCAAAGUGUCCUUCUUUCCAAAGAUGUAUUUGCAUUAGGAGUGAUGGUUUUAUGUUGUUUGUUGUCAGCAGCACAUCAUACAUACUCAUACAUUGUUCAUUUGUUGUAUGGUUGUAAAAAAUGCAUUUGACAGCAUGUGUUUUAAGGGUUUUGGGGAUUAGAGAAAUACUAUUUUAGUUAAUGGGGAAGGUGUUAAAAAAGACAACUGUAUCUUAUAGUUUUUAUUUAUGCCUGCUGUCACACCAUUAUGUAAUAAUUUAUGUACACUUUUCCAGGAAGUGAACGUAAUGAGAUGUAAAUGAUAAUAUGCCAAAAUGAUUAGUGAUGUUGUUGUGAAUUUUACUAUUUACUGCUUUACUUCUAUGACAUUCAACAAUAAAUGGUCAUAUAGUUUGA